UCUCACGCUUUUAGACUUUUAAUCAAUAAAAUGUUUUAACAAAUAAAGGUGUCUCCUCCAUCCAGCCUGGCUCCAUUCACGAUAAAUAAACCACACUCCCGACCAGUUGCAACCAAAACAUAAAAACCAUGCAAGGGGUAUCGCCCCCCUUCUUUUUAUCUUAUACUUCUUUAAUCUUCAGGUAGCUAGCUACCCUUAGCUUUUCUUCCCUUCCUUAAACUAAGGAUUCCUCCCACUCCUCCCCCCUUUAGUUCCUCAGACCCAAAUACGUUUUGUAAAGUACCUAACAAGCAAACAUCAUGUCUGGUCGUGGUAAGGGUGGUAAGGUGAAGGGCAAGUCAAAGUCCCGCUCCAGCAGGGCUGGCCUUCAGUUCCCUGUAGGCAGAAUUCACCGCCUUCUGCGUAAGGGUAACUACGCCGAGCGUGUGGGAGCAGGUGCCCCUGUGUACCUGGCUGCCGUCAUGGAAUACCUGGCCGCUGAGGUUCUCGAAUUGGCAGGUAACGCCGCUCGUGACAACAAGAAGACCCGUAUCAUCCCCCGUCACUUGCAGCUUGCCAUCCGUAACGAUGAAGAGCUCAACAAGCUGCUGUCUGGCGUCACCAUUGCCCAGGGUGGUGUUCUGCCUAACAUCCAGGCUGUGCUCCUCCCCAAGAAGACCGAGAAGAAGUAAACACUUUUCUUGGUUGUCUCAUCUCAACAUCGGCUCCUUUAGGAGCCACA